AGAAGACAACAAGAAAAGUAUAAAUCAAAAGCAAAGAAAGAAAGAGAAGAGGAGAGAAGAUGUUUACGUGCAUAGCGUGCACAAAGCAAAUGGCGGAUGGAGGGGAAGAAGUAGAUGGAGCGCGUGCAAGUGGCACGCCUAGCACUAAAGAAGCUGUCAAAAGCCUGACCACACAGAUCAAGGAUAUGGCAUCGAAAUUUUCCGGGGCUUACAAGCAAUGCAAGCCCUGCGCAGGCUCCAGCAGCUAUAAGAAGGGAAGCCGACCGUGUCCCGAUUUCGAUACCGCUUCGGAAGGUGUUCCAUACCCCUACAUAUGUGGAAGCACUAGCUCAACGCCUGCAUGGGACUUCGUUAGUGACGGUCAUCAUCCAGGACGGUCGGACUCUAGAUUUACCGGUGUAUUCACUGGUGAUAGAACUUCGGUGUAUAGAGAGUCUUUCUCGGCGCAGGAUUUGGUGUUAGAGGAUGAGGAUGAGCCUAAGGAAUGGAUGGCAAUGGAGGAACCUGGUGUUCAUAUAACUUUUGUGUCCCUUCCUAAUGGAGGAAAUGAUCUGAAAAGGAUUCGAUUCAGUCGGGAGAUGUUCAACAAGUGGCAAGCACAACAGUGGUGGGAUGAGAAUUAUGAUAGAAUCAUGGAGCUCUACAAUGUACAGAGAUUCAAUCGUCAGGCAUUACAUACACCCCCAAGGUCUGAAGAUGAGACGCAAAGGGAUUCCUGUAAUUCAAGGAUGGGAUCUGCAAUGGAAAGUCCCAUGCCUCAUUGGACGCCAAGAAACAACUAUAAGCCUUACAGUGCAGGGCAUAAUGGUCGCACAAGAGGUGAUGCAUUUUUUGACGCUGCACGAACGACGACCUCGUCGAGAGACGAGCCUUCUGUUUCGGUGAGCAAUGCGAGUGAAAUGGAGGCUGAAUGGGUUGAACAAGAUGGACCCGGGGUUUAUAUUACCAUCAGACAGUUGGUUGAUGGCACCAGAGAACUCCGGCGUGUUAGAUUCAGCCGCGAAAGAUUUGGAGAAGUAAAUGCAAAGCAGUGGUGGGAGGAGAACAGAGAUAGGAUACAAGCACAAUACCUUUAAACUUUGUAACUCUAUUUCUCCAAAGAGUUACAAAGUGUUUAGCAUUUGGAUGCUCCCUCUCAAUUUUGGCUAUGAAAACACGUAGUGGGUAAAGAGUCACCUUUGCUCAUGACAAAAACACUCGACAAAUAAUGUUAUUUCACUCAACACUAAUCUGUCAUUUUUCAUACAUGGUGACAACCCAUUCGGGUUUUGUUACUCAUCUGCUACUGGAACAACCGUCU